AAUAGUGAUUUUAAUCAAUGUCUUCCUGUGUGUAUUGAACCAUUGUGUACUCAACUGGCAUGUCACUGAAAAGUGUGUGUGCGCGCGCGUGUGCGUUAGUGCGCGCGCAUGUGUGCGGUCCGUUAUUUUCCGGGUUGUGUCUCCUCGCUGGCGGUAGUUGCUCCGCUGCAGCCGCCAGCUGACAUUUGUACUGAGGAGGUGAGGUCAAAUUUGACUGUCUCUCUCUCCCUCUCGGUGUGUGUCUGUCUGUCUGCCACAGAGGCUGCUAACAAGCGCAGAAUCAUCAUCAUCAUCAUGGCGGAUCAAGGCGAAUCUCCGGCUCCGGUCCUCCACCCGCAACCAGCGCUGACAACCAGCUGGCCAAUUACCAGGGAGUCGUACGAGCUGCAGGAAGUCAUAGGCAGCGGGGCCACAGCUGUGGUGCAGGCAGCCCUCUGUACCCCCAGACAGGAGCGCGUUGCCAUAAAGAGAAUAAACCUGGAAAAAUGCCAGACCAGCAUGGAUGAGCUAUUGAAAGAAAUCCAAGCGAUGAGCCAGUGCAACCAUCCCAACGUUGUCUCCUACUACACCUCCUUUGUGGUGAAGGAUGAGCUUUGGUUAGUCAUGAAGCUUCUGAGUGGAGGCUCUAUGCUGGAUAUAAUUAAGCACACAAACAAAGAGGACCACAGAAAUCGAGCGCUAGAUGAGCCAAUUAUUGCUACCAUACUAAAAGAAGUCCUGGAGGGCCUGGACUAUCUGCACAGAAAUGGACAGAUUCACAGGGAUGUGAAAGCUGGAAACAUACUACUGGGAGAAGACGGAUCUGUUCAGAUUGCAGAUUUUGGAGUAAGCGCGUUCCUAUCCACCGGGGGGGAUGUGACUAGGAACAAAGUACGGAAGACCUUUGUUGGCACGCCAUGCUGGAUGGCGCCGGAGGUGAUGGAACAGGUUCGAGGCUAUGAUUUCAAAGCAGAUAUUUGGAGUUUUGGAAUUACAGCUAUAGAGUUAGCAACAGGCUCUGCACCCUAUCACCGCUACCCUCCCAUGAAGGUUUUAAUGCUCACCCUACAGAACGAUCCACCCACUCUGGAGACAGGUGUAGAAGACAAGGAAGUGCUAAAAAAAUACGGCAAAUCGUUUAGGAAGCUAAUAACUAUGUGCCUUCAGAAGGAUCCUGCCAAAAGGCCCACAGCCGCAGAGCUUUUGAAGUGUAAAAUCUUCCAAAAGGCCAAGAACAGAGAAUAUCUGGUUGAAAAGCUUUUGUGUCACGCACCAAAGAUUUCCCAGAGAGCGAAGAAGGUGAGGAGAGUCCCAGGCUCCAGUGGCCACCUGCACAAGACGGAGGACGGAGACUGGGAGUGGAGCGACGACGAGAUGGACGAAGGCAGCGAGGAGGGCAAGGCAGCGGUGAAUCAGGGCAGGGUAGGUGAGACUCCACAUCGGCCAGCCUCAGCAUCACGAAGGGUCAGAGAUGAGGCCAAAGACAAUGAGGAGAAUGCCAACAAUGUCCCUAUUGAAGGGUUGUCUAUUCAGCAUCCCCAGGUUGAGCCAUAUGGGGACACUCCGUACAUUCAGGGUGCUGUGAACAUGGUACUACGGCUAAGGAACUCUAGAAAGGAGCUGAAUGACAUCCGGUUCGAAUUCACUCCUGGGCGAGACACUGCUGAUGGCGUUUCCCAGGAACUGUUCUCGGCCGGCCUCGUCAACGGGCACGAUGUUGUUGUUGUUGCUGCUAACCUUCAGAAGAUUGUAGAUGACCCAACUACCUACAAAGUAUUGACCUUUAAGCUGGCUUCCGGCUGCGACGACACUGAGAUCCCAGAUGAAGUGAAGCUGAUCGGCUUUGCGCAGCUAAGUGUUAGUUGAUGCUCUCUUCGUGCCUGAAGCAGGUGAGACAGUGGGGAGACAGUUCAGGGCAGACAGACUGAAGAACACACCGCCACUUCCUGCAACAUUAUCCCCAGCACCCUCCCUGAAAACUCACUCCCUCUCCUCCCUCACUCCUCACCUUCCCUGAGCCCAAGCUCGGCCACCGCCCCACCUACACCUCCUUAGCACCGACUUCCCUGCUCACUGUCCCCUGGCCUUUAACCUUAACAACAUUCCACCGCCUAGCGCACAAAGCGGGAUCAGGAUACAGCCCAGGAACCUAAAGAUGUACUCAGGUGGUGACUUAAGGUGAUUAAGAUGUAGCUUUGAAUGUUUUAUUUAUUUUUUUUCUUUUACUCAUUUUUGUUUUGCGUCACAUCGCCUUUGUGUUUAGCGAAGCUCUCAUUAUUUAUUGAAAUGAGAAGGUAUUUUUAUGUUGUUUAUCACGCUGUUUUGUUGCCACAGUGAAAACAAAUAGACUCGCAUCUCACAAACACACUCAUUCGUGAUGUUUCCCUGAGGUCUUUGUCAGAAUGUAAGAUUUAGUUCAUUUAUGGGAAAAAGCACAUUUUCAUAAUAACAUAAUGAAUGUCUAAAAGGAGGGCGACUUGUAUUUGUGUGAAGACCUGUUUUACACUGACAAGAAGGGAACCAUUUGCUUGAGAGAGUGCAGAGGGAAAAAGAAAGAAGAGACCUGGAUGCUACUGUGUAUAAUUUGCUGCUCUUGACAGUGCUAAUGCUUCAAAAUGUUAGAGGUGCCUUGUUCAUUUUUCUGUGCCUAAGAAAGUAGACAAUGAGUGAGACCACACAAAGAGCAGAACCUGCUGAUUACCAUUUCAGUUUAAGUCAAGUAUCUUCACUUAAUGAGACAAGCUACAAUGCACUUUUGGGCUGAGUGUGUGCACCCGACAAGCAGAUGCUUAGCCCCCGGAGACAAGUUAACUUGUGCUUUUGUCAUCAGACAAAUAAAACAUAACAGAACCUGUAGUCAAUGUAAUCUGCUCUGGUUGACGUGUAUUCAGAUGCCGGGUUAAUCGACAAAACCACAACAGUUUUUAUUUUCUUGCUCUGUCCUGCUGCACUACAAAACCCUUUGUUCCCCAAAAAUAUAUAGUAGUUACUAAAAUGUACUGUAUGACAAUGCAUCUGAGGAUGAAACCAAAAGGCAACUAUUGAAAGGUUGACGAGCCAUUUGUUUGUCCAAAACAAGUCCAGUAGUUCUAAAUUAUUUUCAAGUAUUCAGAUGGUAAAUGUUAACUUCUAAUACGUUCUUUAUUAUGAAGUAAUUUAUUGUGUUUUCUAUGUACAGUAUGUGUACCAUUUCAGCAUAUUACACCUGUUCCCUCUCUGUAAUCAGCUGAUGUCAAAUUUUUGACAAGAAGCAACAAUAAAGAAUUG